ACCUAGAUGUUCACCUUCUUGGAUUAGAAAAGUGUCACAAAACAUAACCUCCAAAUUUUCCAUAACAUGUAAACAACAGUUCUUAAAGUAUAAAUUUUAGAAUGGUUUCAUCAAACCAUGGUUAUCCAGAUCCCGACAAACCAACAGAAGAUUUAACUCCCAAUAACGACGUUAUAGUUGCCACCGACACAGAUACCGAUGACGACGACAAUCCCUACAAUGAGUAUCAACUUCUCCCAACUCAGGAAUUGGCCGAAGUGGAUGAAAGCUCCACCAACAGUGACGAAGAAGGAGCAGUGGCAAACAUUGAUACACUACCGCCCAUUAUCCCCAUGGAGGAAACUUUGGUGAAAGAAGUUUGGACUGCCCCUUAUCCAAAAGCUGUAGAUAUAGUAAUGGACAGUAGUAAAGUUGAUGAAGUCAAACAAGCCAUGGUGAAUUUUACGCUACCACCCAGCGCAAUACCAGAAUGGGCAAACACGAUUCCAGAAGAGCAGUGGAAACAGCAGUUAAUUAGCAAAUUACAAAACUUAGAGAAAAAGUAAAGUGCAAAAUUGAUGUUUUUAUGUAACGAAAAAGAUUAUGUUCACUUGUGUGUGGUAAAUACAAUUUUAAUUUGUAA